AUGUCUUCUCAAAACACUCGUUUCCACCCUUAUGAUCAAUCGACUCCAUCACUGAACAACUUGCUGCACCAAACCGAAGGGUCAUCGUCUUUGCGAGGCCUUAACAAUCAUCACAACGCGCGGGGCGAGCAAGGUGGUGAUAGCUCACCUGAUGUAUUCACUGAUACCAUGGGAGGAGGCAGUUCUGUUUUGUUUCGACGUGAAGCGGCGCGUACUGAGACGAACCCGAUCCUUGAAAAGAUUUUGCAAGAGAUUGGGAACUUGUUGACCAAGGUCUCCCAAGUCGAGAUCAUGUCCACCCGGAUCGAUCAAGUGGUGCAGGCCACCUCGCUCUUGUCCAACAAGAUCGAUGACUUGUCAAACAAGAUGGACGAGGUCAUAGACACGGUGGCCUCCUUAUCCUCCGGCCAACAAGUAUUGUCCUUGUCCAACAAGGUCGAUCAUCUUGCUGCCACGGUGGCUCAGUUGACUGCUGCCACCCAGUCGGCAGGGACCUCUGCGGCGCCUGGGUCCAACCUAGUGGCCACUGCACCCGCAGCGCCUGCCCCUUGGACAGUUUCGACCGCUUUGAAGCGAGUUUAUCAGGUGGCAUAUGCACUGGUGACAGAAGCUGGCCUCGAGGCUUAUACUGCCAUCCAGGCAGAUGGUAAUGUGUUACAAAGAUCGCUUUUUAACAGUAUCAAGCAAAAAGUUCUGGCCAUCGGUGGCCAAUGGGUGGUUCAGCACCUCCCCCCUACCAUUAACGGUUUCCAAGAUGUCCCCGCUGGUAAGAAUUACAAUAAAUUGGUCAAGGAUGCUGGAAAUCAUGCGCGAGAGAAAAUGCAUCUUUUGGUCCGUUCUUUAGUUUUGACCAAUAUUCGGAACCCACGCGACCCGAGUCCCAUUACGGCACCUGUCCCUAACAUCAAAAAGCUUGUCCAUCGUAUUGCCAAUCAAUUUAAUACGAACCCAGACAAACUGGACGUAGACCCUCUGUGGGAGAAAACCCCUUGGGCUCAACGUCUUCGUGUUGCAUAUCUUCGUCGCGAAGCCAUGCGAGUUGUGCGCGGUGGUGGCAAUAUUUGGGCUCGUGUUGACCUACACCUCCGUAGGUUGCAUGAACGUGGGCCACUGUACACUACGGCAUUCUAUAAACUUGUCUACGACCAAGAUUGUGCAAUGUUCAAAUCGAACAUUUGCUUCAUCAACAUUCCUGCGAAUGUUACUUUUGCUUUGCCCAGCGAUGAGGAAAUCGAGGUGGAGAUGAACACCAUGGAGCCCCAACCAGCUGUUGUUCAAUGA